UUGAAUUUUGAAGUGACAACAAUGUCAAUGUCAACGUCAGUAGUUUUUCUGAAAACAACUGAGAAAGUUAAAAAAAGUUUUUUCUGGAUACUUUUGUGGUAAAUUUUACUGAUUGUUGGCUAUAAAUCUCGGUGAAAUACUGAAUUCCGUUUUUGUUCUAGAACAUUAUAAAUUGGGUGAUUGCACAACUUAUUGUCAGUUUAGAAUUUGAAGCAUGGGCAGAAAAGGUAAGAAGAAGCCUACAGAAGGAGGCGAGCAAGCUCCUGCAAGCCAGGGAUCUCAACCCGGGCCGUCUGCAGGUCCUCAAGCAGGCACGAGAGAUGGCCAACAAAAAGAGAAAACCCCGCCACAGCAACAGGCUGGAGCAGAACAACCGCAACAGCAAGGAAAAGGUAAGAAGCAGAAGGGUCCUAAACAGCAGCAAAAAACAGAGGUAGGACAAGGAAGUGGACCACCACCGGUUGCCCCUGGACAACCACGGGAACCUCCACAGCAGAGAGGACCGCAACAAGGUCCUCCACAGCAGAGAGAACCACCGCCGGGUGUCCAACAACAGUGGGGUCCACCUGGACAACAAAUGGGACCGCCUCAAGGACCUCCACAGCAGAGAGGACCACCGCCGGGUGUCCCACAACAAUGGGGUCAACCUGGACAACAAAUGGUACCGCCUCAAGGACCUCCACAGCAGAGAGGACCACCGCCGGGUGUCCAACAACAGUGGGGUCAACCUGGACAACAAAUGGGACCACAACAAGGUCCUCCACAGCAGAGAGGACCACCGCCGGGUGUCCAACAACAGUGGGGUCCAUCUGGACAACAAAUGGCGCCGCCUCAAGGUCUUCCACAGCAGAGAGGACCACAGCCGGGUCUCCCACAACAGUGGGGUCCAUCUGGACAACAAAUGGCGCCGCCUCAAGGACCUCCACAGCAAAGAGGACCUCGGGAACCACCACAGGUUGCUCCGCAACAUACGGGACCGCCACCAGCACAAGGAGGCGCUCCACAACAAAGAGGACCACCUCAGCAACAAAAGCAGCAGAGUGGCGGUCGCCAGCAGCAGCAGCAGCAACAGGGUGGAAGAGCACCUCCUCCUGGAUAUGUCUCGUCUCCACAAAGUCCACCUCCACAGCAAGGCGCGCCUCUACAACAGGGUGCUCCGAGACAAGCUGCGCCGCAAAGACAGCCGCCAGCAAGGGGGGCCACGCCGCGUGGGGAUGCAGGACAACAGAGAAGCCCCGAUGCAACUAAAGGGCUGUCCGCCGGUAUCGAGAAAAUGCAGAUUCGAGUCGACAAAGGUGACGAGAACAUCGUGUCAAAGAAUCGGAUAACUCCGGGUACCAAAGGCCGAAAAAUUCCCAUUGAAACGAACCAUUUGAGUCUGAAUUUGGGCAAGCUCAGUAUCGCCUACCACUAUGACGUGGCGAUUGAUCCGGACAAGCCGAAGAAGUUCAUGCGACCCGUAAUAGAGUUGUUCAGGAAAAAACUCUUCCCCACUAGACAUCCAGCCUUCGACGGAAUGAAAAACUUGUACACCCCCACCCCGCUACACAAAGAUCUAUCUGUGGUGUUCGAGGACACGGUCACCAUAGACGAUGGAGGUCGACCCAAGGAGUACAAGGUCCAGAUUAAAUUCGCAAACACGGUUGAUAUGACACCGUUGCGCAAUUGCUUGCAGCAGCCAGUGACACCGAGGGAAGCCAUGCAAGUGGUGGAUAUCGUGCUGAGAAUGGCCCCCGUACAGAGUUGUAUACCCGUGGGCAGGUCGUUUUUCAUCAAGCCGCCUAGGAUCAUUGAUUUGGGACAGGGUAUGGAGAUGUACAACGGAUUCUACCAGUCGGCCAUACGGGGUUGGAAACCGCUGUUAAAUGUCGACGUGGCUCACAAGGCCUUCCCGAAAAAUAUCCUCGUCAUAGACUCGUUGGCUGACCUGCUCAGCGACUUUAGAACCACCGUCACUAGGGAUCAGUUGCGCCAACUCAGCAGUUGGCAGGAGGAGACGCUGAGAAAGUUUAUAACAACUUUGCGCAUCCAGUACGAGAUUCCCGGACAUCCGGGAUCUAAAAAAUCCUACAGGGUAAACGGCUUGGGCGAAAGCGCCGACAAGGCCCAAUUUAAUCACGAAGGUAAAAGGAUGACCGUAGCGCAGUACUUCAAGGAAAUCAAAAACUACAAUUUGAGGUACCCACAGUUGCCCACUUUACACGUGGGUAGUAUACAGAGGCCCGAUAAGAUCCUGCUGCCCUUGGAGUUGUGUACUGUGCUGGAAGGACAGGCCGUUAACAGAAAAAUGACAGAUACCCAGACCAGUAAAAUGAUUAGGUACGCCGCGACAUCUACCGACGUGCGCAAGGACAAAAUCAACCAGGGCAUGCGCCAGGCGAAUUUUAACACCAAUCCUUCGGUGCGCGAGUUCGGCAUCUCCGUCGGCGACCAGUUCCAAAAACUGGAAGCCAGGGUACUGAACCCUCCCCAAUUGACCUACAGCCAGAAUCGUACCGUGGUCGUGAGCAGAGGGGUGUGGAGGAACGAGACGUUCUUCAAGCCGGCCACCAUCAAUAAGUGGACGAUUGCGAACACGGCCAGGUACGCACCGAGACCAGACGAUUACCGCAGAAUGGAGGAUUUGCUGAUGAGAUCAGCCAGGGAGGUGGGCAUCACCAUGGCGGGACCUGCUACGCAGCCCUACGGCAACGUUGGAGGGCGCCAGGAGUACAACGACAUCCUGAGGUACUUCCAAGAGCAGCGGACCAAGGGUUUCGACGUCAUAUUCGUCAUAGUACCGGAUUCUGGCCCCCAGUACUCCUUCGUGAAGAAAGCUGCGGAAAUAGCUGUGGGAUGUCUGACCCAGUGCGUCAAAGCUGGUACAGUGGGCCGCAAAAUGAACCCACAAACAGCUGUCAACAUCCUGCUUAAAGUGAAUAGCAAGUUGAACGGUGUGAACCACACCUUAGCCGUGGCGCCGCUUAUUAUGAAGAGACCCGUGAUGAUAAUGGGAGCUGACGUCACGCAUCCAGGACCUGGGUCAACUGGAUUGCCCAGCGUUGCCGCUGUGACCGCGUCACAUGACCCCAAGGCGUUCAAGUACAAUAUCUGUUGGCGUCUACAGGAUCCGAGGUUGGAGAUUAUCGGCGACUUGGAGAAUAUCGUUCACGAACAGCUGAUGUUCUUCUACGCGCAGACCAAGGUCAAGCCGGAGGCCAUCUUGUUCUUCAGGGACGGCGUGUCCGAAGGUCAGUUCGAAGAGGUUAAGGACAAGGAAAUAAGGGCGAUAAGGGCCGCGUGCAAGCGCGUUCAAAAGGACGGGUUCGAGCCGAAAAUCACGUUUUUGGUGGUGCAAAAACGCCACCACACUCGCAUGUUCCCCGUGAAUCCCAAGGACUCGCAGGACAAGAACAUGAACGUUCCCGCAGGUACCUGCGUCGACACUGACAUAACGCAUCCCUUCAUGCAAGACUUUUACCUGGUUUCGCAUGCGAGUAUACAGGGUGUGGCAAAACCAACCAAGUACUGUACCCUCCAUGACGACAACAACAUGGACAACGAUCAGAUUGAGGAACUGAGCUAUUAUCUUUGUCAUAUGUUCACCAGGUGCAACAGAUCUGUCAGCUAUCCGGCUCCGACAUACUACGCGCAUUUAGCGGCUGCCAGGGCUAAGGUCUACAUAGAAAACGACAGAGUUAACCUCACUAAUCUGGAACAGGAAUUCAGACGUUACAAAAUCAAGGAUGAGAUCCAAAAGGAUAAACCCAUGUUCUUUGUUUAAGCCACCCUGUAUCAACGGUAUUAUAAUAAUUAUAUUAAAAGUUAUUUUUUUUUUAAUAAUAUAUAAAUUGGUGUUGAAAAAAGUGUUUAGAAAUAUAUGAAAAAAAUAUUUAUAUACAUAUAUCGGAUAUAAUUGAGUUUAAAAUGUAUUUAACAACACAGGUGACUGAUUUUUUUAUGUA